AUGGCGAAUCGGUCCAUCGAUGACGAUGCACUCGAUGGAGGCCAAGACGAACGUCGCGGAGCGCUGAUGCGUAAACCUAACUUCAACGAGUGGAGAGGAGUUCGACCUGUGACAAUAUACCAGCUCAAGCGGGCUGAAAAACGCUCUGAAGACGCCAAAUUCACCAUCGAAAACCAUGAGAUCCAUCAUGUAUGCGUUGUAGCGCACGUGGUGAGCAUCGACACCGAAACGGGUGAAAACGUCUACAUGCUUGAAGACGGGACUGGACGAAUCAAAGGCCGUCAAUAUGAAGAAGAUAUCGAAGGAACAGUCGAUGACCCCGAUGGCUUGUGCGGCGUAGCGAGAGGAACAUUUGCCAGGGUCAUAGGCAUACUCAAGCUUUGGAAGAUUUUCAAGACGCUCCAGGUACUCCACGUUCGGCCAGCGUUCCCCGCAGAACUCGAAUAUCAUUGCUUCAAUGUCAUCGCCUGCACAUUGAUGCUUGAACGCGGUCUUCCGCCGGCGGAGCAGCUUCCUCGACAGUAUUUCGUCGGUACGGAGUCCUCAAACACAACGUCAUCCACCAACAGAGAGAACUCGUCUUACAUAGCCGCGGAUUUCGACGAUGCUAGCACCGAAGUCGACGCGGAAUUGUCUUCCCUUUCCCUUCAGGAUAAUCUCCCUGAUCCUGGCUCUAUAUCAUGUGUCUUAAACGGCGAUCGAUUUCGUAGCGAACAUCGCCACCCGCAGGACCCUAUGCCACUCACAUCUUCUCUUCGAAAUGAGGACACUUGGGCCUCGUUCAGCGCUACCGUACCAUCAGGUUCGGUAGUGCUCGACGGCGAUCCUUACGGGCGUAUGCCGUUCAUAUUCCGAAAGGUGUUGUUGGCCAUAUAUGAAGCGGCAGACCCCAGUAGAGAACCGGGUUGGACAGAUAUUCCUCAUGUCGCCCGGCUAGUCAAUGUCACCUCCAACCCCGGACAACCUGCAUGGGAGAAUUUUUUGGCUUGCCUUCGCAAGCUCAAGAAGAAACGAUUUAUCGAUAUGAAGGAUGACAUGUCGCAAUGCAGGAUUCCGCAAAGCAUGUAUGAAGACCUGCUUCGGGAUGAAAUGUAA